GCCAUGAAUGAAGAAAAUAUGGAUGGAACAAAUGGAUGCAGUAAAGUUCGAACUGGUAUUCAGAAUGAAGCAGCAUUGCUUGCUUUGAUGGAAAAGACUGGUUACAACAUGGUUCAAGAAAAUGGACAAAGGAAAUUUGGUGGUCCUCCUCCAGGUUGGGAAGGUCCACCACCACCUAGAGGCUGUGAAGUUUUUGUAGGAAAAAUACCUCGUGAUAUGUAUGAAGAUGAGUUAGUUCCUGUAUUUGAAAGCGGGAAGAUAUAUGAAUUUCGGCUGAUGAUGGAGUUUAGUGGUGAAAACAGAGGAUAUGCUUUUGUGAUGUACACUACCAAAGAAGAAGCCCAGUUGGCUAUCAGAAUUCUUAACAAUUAUGAGAUUCGACCAGGGAAGUUUAUUGGUGUUUGUGUGAGCUUGGAUAACUGCAGAUUAUUUAUUGGAGCUAUUCCCAAGGAAAAGAAGAAAGAAGAAAUUUUGGAAGAAAUGAAGAAAGUUACAGAAGGAGUUGUAGAUGUCAUUGUUUAUCCAAGUGCGACUGAUAAAACCAAAAAUCGUGGUUUUGCUUUUGUUAAGUAUGAGUCUCACAGAGCUGCUGCUAUGGCUAGGAGAAAAUUAAUUCCAGGUACAUUCCAGCUGUGGGGUCAUACUAUUCAGGUGGAUUGGGCUGAUCCAGAGAAAGAAGUCGAUGAGGAAACAAUGCAAAGAGUUAAAGUUCUCUUUGUGAGAAAUUUAAUGAUCUCAACUACAGAGGAAACAAUUAAAGCAGAAUUCAAUAAAUUCAAACCUGGUGCAGUUGAGCGAGUAAAAAAACUUAGAGAUUAUGCUUUUGUUCACUUUUUCAACCGAGAGGAUGCAGUGGCUGCAAUGUCUGUGAUGGGUGGGAAGUGCAUUGAUGGAGCGAGUAUUGAGGUAACACUCGCAAAACCGGUAAAUAAAGACAACACUUGGCGGCAGCAUCUCAAUGGUCAGAUGAGCCCCAGUCCUGAAAACCUGCUUAUGUAUGCUAACAAAGAGGAGAGCCACCCUAAAGCUGUGGGCAAGCCGCCCGUUCUUUCUGCUCGUCUCAAUGGUCAGCACAGCCUAAGCCCCUCUGAAAUUGAGAGAUGCACCUAUCCUUUCUUUCCUGGGACAAAGCUUACUCCAAUUAGUAUGUAUUCUUUAAAAUCCAGUCAUUUUAAUUCUGCAGUAAUGCACUUGGAUUAUUACUGCAACAAAAAUAAUUGGGCUCCACCAGAAUAUUACUUAUAUUCAACAACCAGUCAGGAUGGGAAAGUACUCUUGGUAUACAAAGUAGUUAUUCCUGCUAUUGCAAAUGGACCCCAGAGCUACUUCAUGCCAGACAAGCUCUGCACUACAAUAGAAGACGCAAAGGAGCUGGCAGCCCAGUUUACGUUACUUCAUUUGGAGUGCAGUUUCCAUCGCAGCUCAAUAAAUAGUCUUUCCCCUGUUAGUGCCACCCUCUCUUCUGGGGCUCCCAGCGUGCUUCCUUACGCGUCAAGGCCUUAUUCUUAUCCAGGCUAUCCCUUGUCACCAGCAGUGUCACUUGUUAAUGGCAGCCAUGUUGGACAGCGACUGUAUGUCUCCAAUCAGGCCUUAUUCUUCUGA